AUGCGGGCGAAGAAGGAGAGAUUGACAGAUGGAUACCCGGGUAAACCGGGUGCCAUCCGCCAAGGUGUGAGAGAUCCAUCGAGCCAGCUCUUUUCUGUAGUCGAGGACCUGGAGGCGACUGACGACUGUCGAAUGGCUACACCCGAGUCUCGUCAAGCAAGACAGCGGGAAGGCCUCCGGCCACAUAUGCAUAUUGUAGAGAAGCUUCGAGAAUGUUCUACAACCACAACAUGGUGUAACAUGGGUUCUGCUCAAAAAUGGAGAGUUUUAGAAAUUUUGAUAAAUGACAAGGCCUUCUGCCCAGUUCAAUAUUGGCAGAGGUCUCGUGUAAUUUGUUGGUGUUUCUAUAUCAAAAUGUGUUUACAAAUUCUUUAUCUACAACAAACACUUUUGCGGGACAACAACGACAUUUAUUAUUGCACAAUUAUACACAAUCUCGCUCAGCAAAAUGUGUGGUCAUCACAGUGA